AUGUUGUCAGAGUCUGUGUUACCCGAGUGGACAAUAAGAGAAUUCAAAGAAGAUCAACUGGAUGCAGCCAGGCUGGUUCGGCAUUUCCAUUAUACCGUGUGGCCUGAUCAUGGAGUCCCUGAAACCACCCAGUCUUUGAUUCAGUUUGUGAGGACUGUAAGAGAUUACAUAAACAGAACCCCAGGAACAGGUCCUACAGUGGUACAUUGCAGGUAUGGCUAA